CGCCCUUUCCCCCGGGCUCGCGGGGCCCCCUCCGUCGUCCGCAGCCCGUUUCCUUGGCGCUGUGUCCGCCCCGAGGUGAGCGCGGGGCCUGGGCUCUGGCCCUGUCAGGCCGUCGGGUCCGUCACAUCUGGUCUGGCCGCCGCCGUCUUUCUGCCGCUACGACCGCGGCCACGUACGCUUUGAAAGACCGAAAAGGGGCGUGAUCCUUUCCCUUGCCCCAAGCUCGUGCCCUGUGCCCACUCCCCCCCCCCAGCCUCCCUAGCGCCUCCAGCAUUGGCUGCCUGUGGGGUGGGGUGCUCCCGGCCCCUCCCGUCCCACGGGUGCAGGGCCGGGCCUGGGCGAGGUCCUGGAGCAGAAAACGUCGCGUCAAAGCGGCGCUGUCCAGGCCUGCUGGUGGUCAGGUGCCGCCCUGGCGCCUCCGUCUCGGCAGGUGCGCCGCGGGCACAUCAGGCCCUCACGUUAGGGCAGCCGGGAACCAUGAUGCCAUCCAGGCUGUGCUCUACGCAGUGGCGGCUGGCGGUCGGGGGCCCGGGGCGCCUGCUGCCCAGCCGGCUCCUGCUGCCCGCACCCCCCAGACUGCUCUCGGGCAGCGGCGCAGACUUCGCCAAGCACCAAGAGCCGUGCCGGAAGAGGCAGCUCUCUGAGAAAAAGCUGAGGCGGCACUUCGUGGACCAGCGGCGCGUGCUCGUGCAGGGGGGCGCCGGGGGCGCCGGGGCCAGCUGCUUCCACAGCGAGCCCCGCAAGGAGUUCGGGGGCCCCGACGGCGGCGACGGCGGCAGCGGGGCCCACGUGGUCCUGAGAGUCGACCCGCAGGUCAAGUCGCUGUCGGGGGUCCUGUCUCUCUACCGGGGCGCUGCCGGCGAGGACGGCGGCAGGAAGAACUGCUGCGGGCGCGGCGGGCCCACGCUGUAUGUGCGGGUCCCCGUGGGCACCUUCGUGAAGGAGGGGGGCCGGGUGGUGGCUGACCUGUCCCGCCCCGGUGACGAGUACCUUGCCGCGCUGGGGGGCGCCGGCGGGAAGGGCAACCGCUUCUUCCUGGCCAACGACAACCGCGCCCCCGUGACGUGCACCCCCGGGCAGCCCGGGCAGGAGCGAGUCCUCUUCCUGGAGCUGAAGACGGUGGCGCACGCCGGCCUGGUGGGAUUCCCCAACGUCGGGAAGUCCUCCCUCCUCCGGGCCAUUUCCAACGCCAGGCCCGCUGUGGCUUCUUACCCUUUCACUACCCUGAAGCCCCACGUCGGCGUCGUCCACUACGAGGACCACCAGCAGGUCGCAGUGGCCGACAUCCCGGGCAUCGUCCAAGGCGCGCACCAGAACCGGGGCCUGGGCCUGGCCUUCCUGCGGCACGUGGAGCGCUGCGGCUUCCUGCUCUUCGUGCUGGACUUGUCGGCGCCCGAGCCCUGGGCACAGCUGGCGGACCUGCGCUUCGAGCUGGAGCAGUACCAGGCAGGCCUGUCGGCCAGGCCCCACGCCAUCGUGGCCAACAAGGUCGACCUCCCGCAGGCCCGCGCACGCCUGCCCGAGCUGCGCGCCCGCCUAGGGCCGGGGGCCAUCGCCCUGUCGGCGGCCACCGGGGAGAACCUGGAGGCACUGCUGCAGCGGCUAAAGGAGCUGCAUGACCAGCAUGUGGCCACCGAGCUGGGGCAUGGCCGCCAGCCACUCCGGUGGUAGAGCCUGCCCGCUGGUCUGUGUGCAGCCGCCCAGGCUGCCUCCCUGGGGUGGCUGGACCCUCUCUCCGGGACAGCUGGCUGCGGUGCGGACAGUGCUCAUCGCACCACACUGCCGGGCAGGCAGGACUCGGCUCCGCAGACAGCACCGGGCCCGUGUCCACACGUGCCAGGCAGCCUGUGGCCUGGACUCAUGCCGCAGCCAUGGGGGUCCUCUGCUGCCAGAGGCCAGAGCCUGGGCAUUGCUGGCAGAGGGGCCUGGGUGCCACCGUCUGGAAAACAGCAAAGCCGGAUCCUCACCUUCAUCGGCAGCUGCGGGAAGCCCCUGCAGCGUCCACGUCACGGCCCGGUGCACCCAAUAUCCGACCAGCCGAGCCGUCUCUGACGCGUCUGCCCAUGCGGCACUGCCCCCGUGGGUGGCCAGGGCGCACCAAGGAGGCGCAGACCGCCCGCUGGCCCCCACUCGACUGUGAGGAGUCGGCAGAGGACGCAGGACCAGGCGUGAGCUGUCCUGCUGCCCAGAGACCCUGCAGGACCCUCCAGCAGAGCUUCUCGCAUGGCCUCCUGGGGCUGGCUGGGAGCUCGCCCGCGCCCGGGUCCAGGGCCGUCCUGUCUCCCCCUAGCAGAUGGAGGGUCUCCCUGCGGGCGAGCUCAGGCCACCGGGUGCUCUGGGGGUUGGGCCAGCCGCGGGGUACAGCCUCGCCUGAGCUUUCAGGGACAAUUCAGUCUUGAUCUGACAGGGGAUCUGUGGCUAGAAGAGUCCUUUUACCCAGAGCUUUAUUUUAAUGUCUUGUAAUUUCAGAGGUCCCUGUGUUCUAGAAACCAGAGACGGGUUGCAUUUAUUUGCUUUCUUUCGUAGCGUCCACAAAGGGCUCGGUGAGUGGGUCUGCGGCGCCUUAAUUACCCGGCCCUUUCAUCUUUGUCCUGGGCUCCGCCGCUCAGCUUGGGGUGGGGGGACACGCAGGAGGCCUCUUCCAGCCUGACCUCAUCACAGGACCCAGGGUGGGGGCGGGGCCCUGUCCUGUGCACUGGACCCCGCAGCCUCGGGGCCUGGCCUGGGAAGGUACCCGCUACGUAUUUGGGGGUGAACACGAAGGACGGUGGUGCCGGCCCGUGGCUUCUUCGCACUGUGGAUGUAUUGCAAGGGGCGUGGCGGCCUGGCUGGCUUGCAGAGAAGCAGCAGCCCCGCCUGCGCCCCCACUCCCGCACGUUUCUUCAGCAACCGGGCUCUUCCUGAGGCUGUUUCCCCCCGUUGGUCUGUCAGGGGCGGCUCCCUGGCGUCACCUCGCCCCCAGGCCCGGUCUGGGUGUUAUCCGGCCACCGGCUGCCCUCCCCAUGCACAGGUGGUCUGGCUCCGGGGGCCCCGCGGUGGGGGCGUGGGCUGGCUGUGUGGGUGUGGGUUCCGGGCCCUGGUGCUGUCGCCUUGCCUGGGAUCCUCCCCUUGCUGGGCACUGCCGGCCUCGCCCCACCCCGUGCAGGCUCCAGCAGCGGCUACCAGAUGCCCUUGGGGGUCCUCUCUGUCCCCCACAUCCUCAAGCCUCGGGUGCCUGCAGCCUGUUCCCGCCAGACCCCGCAGCAAGCCCUCCUGCGGCUGCCUCCUUCCAGGCCACCCUCGCGCCUGCUGCCUUGCCGCUCGGCCUUCCUGGAGAUGGGUCUGGCGCUGAGGCCUCAGCUUCAGGAUGUGUGAUUCCCCGAGUUCCUCAACCCUCUUCCCGCAGGCCUGGUGUCCCCCCACCAGCGUCCUGUCUGCUUGCUCCCAAGACAACCCCUGGCCUUCCACAGUGCUCCUGAGGGCCGGAGCCCACCCCUGCAGGGUGCACCCUGACCCCUUUGGCUGGCACUCAGAGGCCCCCCUACCGUGCUCCUCCCGUGGUCCUCGUGCCCCGCCUCCAGCCCCGCAGGAGCAGAGGAGCCAGGGCAGGAAGACCCGGCAC